AUGAACGACAGACGUCCCGCACGGUCCAGGACGUCGCCCCUAUUACCCUGGGGUACGUGCACAGUGCUCGGUUUCUUUCUGCUCCUACUUGACAUGCCACAAGAAGCUUCAACCAAUGGCAGUGUGGCAUUCUUUAACGUGUCCAUGAAUUCCAGCUUACAAAUUCAAGGGAAAAACUUUGCAUGGAACCAUAUUGGUGCCCAGUUAGCGUUCGGCUACAGGACAUGUUCCGGUGGACAGCUCCUUUAUCAGCACGGUUCCACUGGAGAUUAUUUAUCACUAGACUUAAGUAGCAAUGGAACCUUAGAAUUUCGGUGGAAGGCUGGAAGUGAAGAAUAUUUUAUUUCAUAUGGAAAUUCUUUAAUAGGAAAAGAUUCUUAUCGUGUUAAGAUUUUACGUACAGUUUUAAAUGUUUUAACUUUAGAAGUUCGUUUAUUUGGAAACAUUGUUUUAAGUUCAAAUAUAGCCAAUGACACCUUUCGGGCAAGUAUUUGGAAUGUGAACCUAGAGGGCAGCACGGGUAUUCAAGUGGGGCGUCACCUGACUGGAUGUGUUAUGGAAGGUCCUGGAAUCUCAUUUAGCAACAACAAUCAUGUACAGCCAAUCAACGUGAUAUGGAAUGACACCUGUCCAAUCAACAGCUGUUCUACAGUUGGGGAGGAUGGGAACCAAUGCUCUUCUGUGCCCUGUAAGAAUGGGGGAACCUGUGUGGAUGGUUUUCAGUCCUAUACCUGUCAGUGUCCUCACCUAUUCAAUGGCACCAAUUGUGAAAACAAUCUCAGUACAUAUGGCUGUUCUGUCAGUCCUUGUCUCAAUGGAGGUAGCUGUGAAGAUGUAGAACGCUCACAAUCCACAAGUAAUCGUAACUAUAGGUGUAACUGUGCGCCAGGUUUUACAGAUGUCAAUUGUCAGGUGAACAUUAACGAAUGUGAUAAUGAGGAUGCCUGUCAGAAUGGUGGUUUAUGUGUGGAUGGAAUCAACUCCUUUACCUGUAACUGUACAUCACGGUUUGAAGGUGAUCGUUGUGAGACAGAUAUCAAUGAAUGCCGACGAUAUGCCGGAAUCUGUGGUCCUGGAACAUGCUUCAACUAUGAAGGAGGCUAUGACUGUCAGUGUCCAGUAGGAUAUGAUAAUUUACGGAACUGUUCUCAGUCCCUGGAUGAUUGCCUGGCAAAGCCGUGUCAGAAUGGGGGUACCUGUCAAGAUGGUAACAAUUCCUACACCUGCCAGUGUGUCCUUGGGUACACUGGUACCAAUUGUGAAACAGACAUUGACAACUGCAAGGAUGUUGUUUGUACUGCCCAGAAUUCUGUCUGCCGUGACCUAGUCAACACCCAUGAGUGUAUCUGUAAACCAGGAUAUUUUGGUGUACCAUGUGAGGAUGUUGAUGAGUGCGAGAUGCAGCCCUGUAAGAACGGUGCCAACUGUACGAACCUGGAGAAUGACUACAGUUGUGCUUGUUUACCUGGCUACACAAACAAGUCAUGUGACGUCAACAUAGACGACUGUGCCACAAACCCAUGUAGAAACGGAGCAAGCUGCGAGGAUGGCGUGAACAGCUUUACCUGUAGUUGUUUACCUGGAUACACAGACCCCACCUGUAACACUGAUAUUGAUGAGUGCCAGACAUUAAAUGGUCAGCCCUGUCUGAAUGGUGCCACAUGUAGAAAUGAGGUCAACAGGUAUGAAUGUGACUGUGUAGCUGGCUGGACUGGUAGACAUUGUGAAACUGACAUCAAUGAAUGUGCAUUACACCCAUGUGAAAAUGGUGGAACAUGUCACAAUUACCUCAACUUCUACAACUGCACCUGUGUUACAGGAUAUACAGGUGUUAAUUGCAGUGUAGACAUUAAUGACUGUUCCCCAAACCCCUGUCAGAACGGGGGAACGUGUAAUGACAGGGUGAAUGGGUACUGGUGUGACUGUCCACCCACGCGGAUGGGUAAGACGUGUAAUCUUACGUAUGAUGCAUGCUCGUUUACGCCAUGCAAGAACGGAGCCACAUGCAACACCACGCCUCCCAGUCGAAAUUACAGCUGUGCAUGUGUUCCAGGAUAUACUGAUAAAGACUGUGGCAGAGAUAUCAACGAAUGCGCUUUCCAUACUUGUCAAAGUCCCCAAAUCUGCUUCGAUCUUAUUAACAACUACACCUGCGCAUGUCCCACCGGCUAUACAGGUGAAAACUGCUCAACGGAGAUAAAUGAAUGUGACCCAAACCCCUGUCAGAAUGGGGCCACUUGUGAGGACAAAGUUGGCUAUUAUAUCUGUCACUGUCCUCAAGUUUUCUUAAACCUAACGCGGUUCGGAAAUGGAACGAAACUCGAGUUUGACACUGGCUACAACGGUACGAACUGUGAGUACAGUAUAAACGAAUGUGACUACCACCCGGGGGUGUGUCUGAGCGAUGGGACCUGCGAAGAGGAGGAAGGGUUGCCAGGAUACCUGUGUAAAUGUGGUCGUGACAAGGAUGGAGUCUACAGAACAGGUCAAAACUGUGAUUUAAGAACCUCCUAUUGUGAAACAUCAGAUGAAGUAAAACGUGAUCCUCCUGCAUGUAAAUAUGGUGGCACCUGUAUACCAGGGACCACUUCCUUCACCUGUAACUGUGUCGCAGGUUACACAGAUCGACGUUGCGAGACAGACAUCGACGAAUGUGCAUCCAAUCCCUGUCAGUAUGGUGGUACAUGUCAUGAUAGGGUGGCCGGCUACAAUUGUACGUGUAUCCCAGGAAUCACUGGGCCCAACUGCGAAGUAGAUAUCAACGAAUGUGAGUCCUCGCCGUGUCAACAUGGAGGUCGCUGUAACCACUCCAUCAACAUGUAUGAGUGUGACUGCUACGAUACUGGAUUCAAUGGCACUAAUUGUGAACUUAACAUUGAUGAUUGUGCGUCCAACCCCUGUAUGCAUGGCUCCACCUGUCAAGAUGGAAUCAAGGACUACAAUUGUUCCUGCUACGAUGGCUACACCGGUAAAAACUGUGAAAUUGACAUCAACGAGUGUCUCAACAGUCCGUGUUAUUACAACAGCACCUGUCUUCAGCGCUCUAAUCAGACUCUAUAUGAGCCGAACUUUGACCUUCCAGGCUAUUCCAACUUCUCCUAUGCCUCGGCAGCUGGCUACACCUGUGUCUGCAUCCCAGGUAUCACAGGUGAGAACUGCUCUGUGAACAUUGACGACUGCGUAGAGGAUAACUGCACUAAUGGUGCCACAUGUUUAGAUGGUAUAAACAAGUAUAGCUGUCAGUGUGCACCUGGUUACAAAGACAUCUACUGCCAGACGGAUAUAGAUGAAUGUCUGGAGUAUCAGCCCUGUCAACAUGGCGCCACCUGUACUGACCGAAUCGCUGACUAUCACUGCACAUGUGCAGAGCUUUAUUUUGGGAAAAAAUAUGACGGAAAGAACUGCACGUUUGAAUUAACAGCAUGUAACCUCAAUAACUGUCAGAAUGGUGCUACCUGUGACCCGUUUCUACGUGAUGAGGCCUCAGGUGACCAGGCCUACAUGUGUGAAUGUCCUAGUGGAUACACUGGUACUUACUGUGAAAAGAUCACAAGUGGAACCUUCAACAAUUCACGAUUUAAGGCUUCUCUAAGGUCCAAUACGACAAACACUAUCGAGUUUCAGUUUGCCACUACACUGCCCAAUGGCAUGCUGUUUGUGUGGGAUGGCAGUUUUCCCUCCACUAGCACAUUUGUUACAAUUGAGUUGGUUGAAGGGCGGAUAAAUAUGAGCUAUAUCCUAGGUAACGACCUAUCAUCAGCCAAUAUGAGGACGGUAGGAUUUCCUUUCCUAUUGAAUAAUGCUGAUUGGCACACUGUAAAUCUGUGGCAAAGAGCUGGAAAGUUAAAUCUAACACUGACAAGCAGUGUGUGUUCAUCAGAAUCUGAAUGUACUAAGGAGGUCAGUCAUUCUCCCAACAUAGCAGUAAAUGAAGUUUUUUUUGGGAGAGGCAAAACUGAAUUUAUAAAUGAUAGUACCCUUUCUAAGACAAACUAUAUAGGAUGUCUUCAGGAUGUGACUCUAAAUGGGGCCAUUCAGAUUAUUUCGGAAGGGGAAGCCAUUUCUGUAACUAAAGGAUGCUCUCGGACCGACCAGUGUAACCCUGAUCCUUGUAAUGGCAAUGGAGCUUGUACUGACCUCUGGAUCUCAUACAGGUGUGACUGUUAUCGACCACACCUUGGGCUCACCUGUAAUCAAGAAUAUGUUGCAGCAACAUUUUCAUUUGAAAAUACAGAGUCCAAAGCAAGUUUUCGAAUUCCAGAUAGUCUCAAGUCAACUCUGACCUCUGACAUUGACCUUUCUGUUUUUAUGAGGACUAGGGAGGCCAAUGGCUUUGUAGUGUUUUUCGGUUUUUACGGCAGCGUUGCCUCGAAUCGGACAUUCCUCACUCUAGAGAUGUAUGGUGGAGCCCUUGUCAGUAGAUUCGUGUUGUGCGACUUCCAGAAAGUUCUAUUUGCUAAUAAUACACAGUACAACAGCGGUUAUCAGCAUUUUGUCAGUAUGAAAUUCCACAACAGUCAGUACUCUAUUUCUGUGAAUAAUACAGCCUUAGGUAGUGUGUUUAUCAAUACGCAGACUUGUCAAUUUAAUGCAGAUAAGUUGUACUUUGGGGGAGAAAUUCCAAGAACAGGUUCUAACGUUAUCGCAGAGACAGCCAGGGUGAGGAGGUCGUUGGACCCAAUAGUGAAUGAGAUUAUAAGUGAUAUUGGUAAUUUUAACAAUGUAACAAAUUAUAAGGGGACUCUCCAGGAUGCACAGCUGAAUGAGAAAAGCCUGCAGUUCAUCCCUCCAAGUGAUCCGUCCAUCGUCAAAAUCGACUCCAUCAUGGUAGAGGAUAACUCUACCUUGAUACAAGGGGAGCAAUCCGAUGACAUUUGUAGCUUAAACAUACCGUGUCGCCACAAUUCUUCCUGCACCAAUGUUUUCUUUAAUGAUUUUAGCUGUAAGUGUGAGAGAGGUUACCGAGGAAAGGACUGCGGAGAAUUAGAUUUCUGUCAUCAAGAUUCCUGUCCACAGGGAGCAACUUGCAAAAGUCUUACAGAUGGAUUUGAAUGUCUGAGUACAACACUGUUCAACCCAAGUACAAGCUCCAUUACAUACAAGGCAGUGCUACAGCCAAACACACAGAUCAAUAAACUCUCACUUAAAAUCAGAACAAUGGUGAGAAAUGGUGUUUUGCUGAAGGUUGGAUCCGACAGCUAUUAUGUGCAUCUUAGCAUUGUUGGUGGGAAGGUUACAGUGACAUGUAAGUUUGGAAAUUCUGGUGAGGAUCAGCUGUCUGCUGACUAUUAUGUAAGUGACAAGAAGUGGUACCUAGUGACCUUCAUGGACACAUUGGACAAUGUCACAUUGACUGUCCAGUCAGAGACAGGGGAGGUAACCCAUGUUGGAAUAUCCCUUAUUCCCCGACAGAAGUUACGCUCCUUGUCAGACCUGAUUACAAGCACGGAAAGUCAGCCCAUUAAGUUCGGUCAAGCCUUUGGCUCCGGAAUUACCCAGUUCUACCGUGGCUGUGUUAAGGAAAUACGACUAGGGGGUAUUCUCCUUCCUUUCUUUGAACAGUCAUCAUUCACUAAUUUCUCAACAGUAGAAUAUUUUGAAGUGAUGUCUAUGUCAUCGAUUCCUGUUGGUUGUGUGGAAGGAGAUACAUGUUUAUACCAAAAAUGUCAAAACAGUGCCCAAUGUUUAGCUGGUUACCAUGACUACCAGUGCUCCUGUCUUAGUGGCUACGAAGGUCGAUGGUGCGAGACCAACAAACCAGAUUGUAAUCCCCAAAGCUGUAACUCCAACCAUGCAGUGUGUGUGGACCUAGUAGACAACUAUUUCUGUGACUGCUACCCAGGCUACACUGGCACCAGGUGUGAAGCGGCCAUCAACUACUGUCAGGAUUCUCCGUGUCAGAACAAUGGCUCUUGCGGAAAUGGCACCGGGGAUUACGAGUGUAACUGUACUGACCAGUAUACAGGGAAGGAUUGUAGUACACAGAAAUAUCAAGGCUGUAACACAUCCAGUAGUCAAUGUCAGAACAAUGCCAGCUGUGCUACCAUCAAUGUGACAGAUGCUUUCGGGCAAUCCCGAGUUAGCUUCAACUGCUCCUGUGAGACGGGCUUUGAGGGAGAAUUGUGUGAGACAGAAAUCGACUACUGUGCUGUCCCGGUCUGUCAGAACAAUGGUACCUGUACCUCAGACACAUCAGCUGGGCGUUACACAUGCACCUGUCUACCAGGGUACACCGGAGAUCAGUGUGAGACCGACAUACAGGAUUGUAACGGACAGUGUCAAAAUGGAGGGACCUGCAUCGACCUUGUCAAUGACUAUGCCUGUAACUGUACUGAUGCAUGGACGGGUGUGAACUGUACUACAGAUAUAAAUGAGUGUAUCCUAACACAGCCCUGCCAGAACAAUGCCCAGUGUAAAAACCAUAAUGGUGGCUUUACCUGUAAAUGUCAUGGAACCGGUUACCAAGGGACGUACUGUUCCGAGGAUGUGGACGAGUGCCAGGUGGGAAUGGAUCCCUGUCAGCACAACUCCAACUGUACCAACACCGUCGGCGACUAUAACUGUUCUUGUGCCUAUGGUUACGAAGAUAAAAACUGCAGCACCCCAGACUGUAGCCUGGUCACAUGUGAGAAUGGAGGAACUUGUGUAGCGACUGAUGUAUGGAGAUGUGACUGUGCCCAGUACUAUUAUGGAAACCGAUGCCAGAAGGAAGGCCCCUGUCUAAGAAAUCCGUGUAACCAGGACAACAUCAUUGCAUGUCACCAAAAUGUCACUGGCCCCGAGACUUCAUUUACUUGUGAAUGUAAACCAGGAUGGAACGGCACAAGAUGCAAUACUGACAUCAACGAGUGUGAAUUAGAACCAUGUCAGAACGGAGCAACGUGUUACAACUCUAAUGGAACUUACAAUUGUACAUGUCAGGAUGGCUACAACGGUAGUAACUGUGAAAAUAACAUAGACGAAUGUGCGCCUGGUCCUUGUCAAAAUGGAGGCACCUGUUCUGACCUUGUCAACGGAUUCCAGUGUACUUGUACAGAAGGCUACACAAACGUAACCUGUAUGGAGGACGUAAACGAGUGUGUGAGCAGUCCUUGUACCAAUGGGGGUUCCUGUACAAACUUGCCUGGUAACUUCCAGUGUGAAUGUACCAGUGAAUACAUGGGAAAACUAUGUGCACAAAGGAAUCCAGAAUACCAGAAAAUUGAUCCUGAUGACAAUCUAGCUAUUAUCAUUGGACCGACAGUGGCCGCAGUGUUACUGCUCAUUGUUAUCGGUGUCAUCAUAUUUUUGGUACUUGCACGAAGUAAGCGUGCUACUAGGGGUCACUACAGUCCAAGUCGUCAAGAGGUCACAGGGUCAAGAGUAGAACUUGGAAACGUAAUGAAGCCACCCCCAGAGGAACGUCUUAUAUGAAACACGUCUUAGAUAUUUAUUUACGAAUAAUAUUUA